UUCGGGACCCCAACACAUGGGGUCAACGCGGGCUGAAUGGGUUCAUAGUGAAAGCUGCCUCCGACGCAGACGCAGACGCCCGGCGUGAGAGCGCGCGCGCUAAUUAGAAAAACCUGGUGAAGCAAUUAAGCGCGAGGAGAGAAGACGCGCACGGACGCGCAGAAGAGCUGAUUUAAUACUCCGAUCACCUUGGCACCAUGAGUUGGAGCUUCCUAACCCGCCUGCUGGAUGAGAUAUCCAACCACUCCACCUUCGUGGGGAAGGUCUGGCUGACGGUGCUCAUCAUCUUCCGCAUCGUGCUGACAGCCGUCGGCGGUGAAACCAUCUACUACGAUGAACAGAGCAAAUUUGUCUGCAACACGCAGCAGCCCGGUUGUGAGAACGUGUGCUACGAUGCAUUUGCGCCGCUCUCACAUGUCAGAUUCUGGAUCUUCCAGGUGAUCAUGAUCACCACCCCCACCAUCAUGUACCUGGGAUUUGCCAUGCACAAAAUUGCCCGCAUGGAAGAGACGGAGUUCCGGCCAGGCCAAAAGCGGAAGAAGAGGAUGCCCAUCAUCAAACGUGGGGCCGCACGGGACUACGAAGAGGUAGAGGACAAUGGAGAAGAUGACCCAAUGAUUGCUGAAGAGAUUGAACCAGAAAAGCCAGACAAAGCAGAAACAAGCUCAGAAAAAAAGCAUGAUGGUCGCCGGCGGAUCUUGCGCGACGGCCUGAUGAAAGUCUACGUGUGCCAACUGCUGUGGCGCUCUGCUUUUGAGGUCGCCUUCCUUUUUGGCCAGUAUAUUCUCUACGGCUUUGAGGUGAUACCGUCCUACGUCUGCACUCGCUCACCGUGCCCACACACGGUGGACUGCUUCGUGUCCCGGCCCACGGAGAAGACGAUCUUCUUACUUGUGAUGUACGUCGUGUCCUUUCUCUGCCUACUCCUCACCCUUCUCGAAAUCAUCCAUCUGGGUAUUGGCGGCAUCCGUGACACCUUCCGUAGGCGGGCCACCCUUAACUCCCGCACCUCCCGUCCACCUUCCUCGCGCUCCAUGCCUACAGCCCCACCAGGAUACCAUGCCACCAUGAAAAAGGAGAAGCUGAAAGGAGAGCUGAGGGACUUGCCAAUGGGUGAUUCUGGGCGAGAGAGUUUUGGGGAUGAGGGCCCCUCGUCCAGGGAGCUCGAGCGGUUGAGAAGGCACCUGAGGUUGGCCCAGCAGCACCUGGACCUCGCCUACCAGGCAGAUGAAGGAAGCCCUUCACGCAGCAGCAGCCCAGAGGUGAACACAGCUGCACAGACAGCUGCAGAGCAGAACCGCCUCAAUCUUGCCCAGGAAAAGCAAGGAGAGGCAAGCGAGAAAGGUAAAGAAGACACUUCAGCCUCCAAUCAACACACUGAAUUUGACACAGAUGAACCAGGAGGGAUACAUGCCUGAGCAUGCUUCCUGCCUCAAACGUCUGUCCUUUCAUUCCUACUGGCCUUAAACACAUGGGGGAAGCACAUAUGGGAAUGCAGUCAGACCACUGAGGGAGACCAAAGUGUGUGUGCGAGUGUGCGUGCGUGUUUGUGUGUGGGGAUGAGAGAAAUGUGCCUUUCAGUAUUAGGGGUCAGCUGAAAACAAAGAAAUGCUGACCGAGCUGUGUUGUGACAAAUGGUUAAUUUCCACGACUCUAAACUUGAAAGCUUGCCGACCUACAUCCAAACUUUGACUGUGCCUUUGGCUAAACCUCCCCUCUGUCAUCAACUGUUUUUUGUUGCCGUGUGUCCAUUUAAGACCACGCAAGGAUUAUUGUAAGCCUUAGCUGAGUGUACUUUUCCCUUUUUUUUUUUUUUUUUUUCCCUCACAAGAAGCUUUUUUAAUUUUAUUAUUACAUGUUCCUGAAUGUUUGUCUCACUUUUGUUGAGGCUUGUUGGCCUCUGAACAUCUUAAACAUGACCUCGGGUUAUGUGCUAAUCUUGAGCGUGUGCAGAAGCUGUUUGUUUUUGCAGUAGGUGAGGCUUAACCUGUGCUCGAUGAGUCAUGUUUAAUUUAAAUGUUGGAUUAUUGGUGUAUUAACUAGAAGUCAUUCUGUUUCAUGAAAUGUUUGACAGAUUUUUUUUAUUCUAUUUACCCUAAUUGUUCAAAAAAUAUGUACCUGGGAAAUGCUUGAAUUCUUAAUCAAGAGGAACUGUUCCACACAUUUCCAACAAUCAUCUUUGUACAAUCAUUUUAUUUUGCCGGCCAUUAUUUACUGAUUUGAGCAAAGCUCAAAGAAGGCGGUGUUGUCACAGUGUAUACCACCUUAGCAUUUCAACGUUAAUCCUUUACUAAAUUGUGUUCCUAAAAAAUAUUUAAUGUUCGUCAUCGCAGAAAGUUGGAAAAUAAAUUCACUUUUUGUGGUUUUUAUGCUAACCAGCUGGAAACAUCUGUCUUCUGGGGCACUGUCAAACAUGUAAUUCCACCCUUGUCUUUAGAAAUUUACAUUCUUCUUUAGUGAGACAUAUUUUCCAUCCUUGACAUGCACCCUCUUUCUCCUCCGUGCUGAAACACGCAUGCCUUUGUGCAUCCUGGGGAAGGAAAAAAAAAAAAAACAGCUGAAGAAAGGAUGACAGCUCGCUGACGCACAGCCCGGUGCCAUGUAAACAUGUAAUCUUCAAACUCACCAUAAGCAUUUUUUUUUUUUUUUUGUCUGUGUUCAGUAGCUUUCAGCAUUCAUACAGUUGAAACUUUUCAUAGUCGGUUUUAUAAUCUGUGGCCGGAGGACAGGAAUUGCGGAUCGCCAAAGAGCUGUUUGUUGCUGUAGUCUUAUAAUCAUCUCACUUUCAGUUUUGCUACUUAUUGCAAGGUACGACAUUCAAUUUUGAGUAUGGUACUCCUUUUUUUUUUUUUUUUUUUUUUU